GCCAUCAUGAAACCACAAACAAAAAAGCGCUCACACGAAUCGGACGUGUUUCUGCGCCGCAAAGGAUAAGUUAACACCUGAUGCAACCAUGAGUGCCAUUGCUGAUGAAGCAAUGGACAGCUCUGCGGUGUCGGAGGAGGAGGUGGAGGAGCAGUGCCAGGAGGAGCAGUCGAGUCCGAGUCAAAGUUACAACAAAGUCUCUGCUGUAGGUGAAAUAAUUGAAGGAAAACGAGCGAAAAAGGCAGUGGAGAGGCUCGAUAUCCAAGUGAAACAGAAGGAGAAGUUCAAGGUGGAAGAUGGUGGAGGAGAUAAACUGGGAGAUAUUCCACGAACCAACUACCUGCUCACAAAAAUAAAGCCAGCUGACCUGAAGCCGCUUCACACCAUCUUGUUUGACAGACCAGGAAAGGUAUCCAUGAUAAAGAAGAACGUGCGUCUGUUUAACGGCUUUCCUUUUGACAUGGACAGUGAACAAUACAACAGAAAACGAGAAAAACUUCUCAAGAAUUCACAUUUCACCAACACCAAACUCAAAGUGAUCUGUGGGGUUCUGGACCUUGAGAAGAAAGGAACUCAUUCAGAUCUGAUUGACAGAAUCCUGACGUUCCUCAUCUCUCCCAAAAACAGCGGGAAGCGUUUGCCCACAAAGAAAAAGAGAAGAUCUAAAAAGAAGCUGUCUGGUGAUGAUGCUGUGUCGAAGACUAAGAGGAAGGGCAGACCCAAACCCCGAAACACAUCGAGUCCAAAGAAAUCCAAAGCAGGAAGCAAGUCCAAGGCCAUCGUCAUGGAUUCCAGCAGCGACGAGGAUGAGGAAGACGAUAAGGCGGGGGCUUCAGCUGGGGCAGAGGGAUCGGAUAACGAGGAGAAACUGUCAGAGAAAGACGAGAUGUCUGAGCAGUCUGAGGAUGAGCAGUCUGAGGAGGAGGAGGAGGAGGAAGGUGAUGAAGAUGAGGGUCCCAAAACAAAGAUGGGCAGAGUGAAACCUGCAACCAGUAAAUCAGCACCAGCCAAGAGACAGAGGACACCAGCAAAGAAGAAUGGUCCUCCAAAAAAGAGAGCCAAGAAAGAACCUUCAGGCCAGUCUGAGGCAGACAGCGGCGCCGACGAGAAGCCCAAAACAAAGAAAUCAGCUGCAAAAGCCAAGAGAGCCGACAGCAGCAGCAACAGAAAAAACAACACAAACACCGCUGACGACAGUUCGGACGACGAGCCGCUGAUUAAGAUGAUAAAGAAGGCACCGAGCGAGGAGGAGCUGAAGGAGACUGUGCAGGGACUGCUGAAGGAGGCCAACCUGGAGGAGAUGACCAUGAAGCAGAUCUGCCGGAAGGUUUUUGACACGUAUCCAGAUUACGACCUGACCAGCAAGAAGGACUUUAUCAAAAACACAGUGAAAUCUCUCAUCACAUGAAGAUCUGAAGAAAAUUGACCAAAUGUAACAAAGGCAGCACAUCAGCAGGAAAAACUCAAAAGCUCCUUUUUGUUUCACAUCUUAACUUUUCACACUGUGUGUGUGGUUCCGGUAGGUUUUCAGAUUAAAUGGAUUCAUCAUUAAUUAAUUUUUAAAAGAUAUAAAAAGUUUGUUUUCCUCUGCGUGAAAGCUCGUCUUGUCACACUUUGCCAAACAUGAAUGAAAAUGGAAAAACCUGCCUGUCAGUUCUGUAAGAGCUUUGUUCUGUGGUUGAGAUCGAGAUGUAACGUUGGAGUUCAGAGUUAGUUUCUCUAAAGUGAACAAACAUAUUUUAUUGUUUUUACAGUGACAAAGAAGUUUUGUUGAUUUAAAUUAAACCCUUUUAUUAAUCAUUUUGCCAAAACCCACUCUUGCUUUGUAAUAAAAAGUCAUUUCAGCACCAGUGUUUAAAUUGUACAUAUUUAAUUUGGGGGAAGCAUGUUUUACAUUUUAAAUUUUCUAAUUCUUUUCCUUCUUUCUUUCAUUAUGUCACUGUCAUCUUUUAAAAAAUGUUUUUCAAAAUAAAAUCAGAGUUAAUUUUGUAACUAC